AAAGAUAUGUUUAUAGUUAUGAUAUGUUUAAUUAAACUGCCAUAAUUAUACAUCACUAUAAUAACUAAAUAUGAGCAGAAGUCUGGUUAGGAAAUACAGUAAAUCUAAUGACAACGACCAGAUAUAGAGCACAGAGUAGAAUUGUUUAUUUAUUUCAAUUUAUUUCAAUGGUAUUUUUUUUUUUUUUUUACAGUUUUGAUCUUGAGCAGGUGUGUUUUUAAUAAAGUCACAUCUGUUAUUAAGGUAAUGAGAAAAAUGUCACCAAUGUCAGAGUGUUUGAUUCUUGAUUCAAGGUCAAUCCGGCAACACAGAUCAGUAACAAAACACUUCCGUAAGAGAUAUGAUGAGUCUAUGAAUCAACCACAACACAGCACGUAUCCUGGUGUGAGACAUGAAGUCCUCAACUCGUUCAGAUCAAAUCUGAAGCAGACGUUUGGGCGUCUGUAUGAGGGAACAGAGAUGCAGAGAAACCCUACACUCCUGAAUGAGAUCUACACAGAGCUCUACAUCACAGAGAGUGAGAGUGGAGAGAUCAGUAAUGAGCAUGAGGUGAGACAGAUUGAGACACAGUCCAGGAGAGCAGCAACAGAGGACACAGCCAUCAAAUGCAGUGACAUCUUUAGACCUUUACCUGGACAAGACAAAGCCAUCAGAACUGUGCUGACAAAGGGAGUCGCUGGCAUUGGAAAAACAGUCUCUGUGCAGAAGUUGAUCCUGGACUGGGCUGAAGGGAAAGAGAAUCACGACGUCCAGCUCAUAUUUCCACUUCCUUUCAGAGAAAUCAAUCUGAUGAAGGACAAAACACUCAGUCUUUCAGAUCUUCUUUAUGUGUUUUUCCCUGAAACUAAAGAAAUGGAAAUAUCCAGAGAUAAAUAUAAAGUGUUGUUCAUCUUUGAUGGUCUGGAUGAGUGUCGUCUGUCUCUGGACUUUAAGAGUGAUGUGAAACUGUGUAAUAUAUCUGAAUCAGCCUCAGUGGACGAGCUGCUGAUGAACCUCAUUGUGGGGAAUCUGCUUCCCUCUGCUCUCAUCUGGAUCACCUCCAGACCAGCAGCAGCUGAUCUCGUCCCCUCUGAGUGUGUCCAUCGAGUGACAGAGGUACGAGGCUUCAAUGAGCCACAGAAGGAGGAAUACUUCAGGAAGAGAAUCAGUGAUCAGAGUCUGGCCGACAGGAUCAUCUCACACCUGAAGUCAUCAAGGAGCCUCUUCAUCAUGUGCCACAUCCCAGUGUUCUGCUGGAUCUCAGCCGCUGUUCUGGAGAAGAUGUUGAGUGAAGCAGAGAGUGGAGAGAUUCCCAAGACUCUCACUCAAAUGUACACACGCUUCCUGAUCCUUCAGACCAACAUCAAACAUGAGAAGGACUAUGAGAAGAAGGUGACAGAUGAAGACAUGAUCCUCAAACUGGGGAAAGUGGCUUUUCAGCAGCUUGUGAAAGGAAACCUGAUCUUCUAUGAGGAAGACCUGAGAGAGUGUGGCAUUGAUGUGAGAGAAGCAUCAGUGUACUCAGGAUUGUGCACUCAGAUCUUCAGAGAGCAGUUGGGCUUGUAUCAGGGGAAAGUCUUCUGCUUUGUUCAUCUGAGCAUUCAGGAACAUCUAGCAGCUCUAUAUGUGCACCUCUCCUGUACAAACCACAACAGAAAUGUGUUUGAGCCAAUCACCAAACAGAGUUUAUGGUCUAAAUCGAAGGACUUGUUUCAGCAUGUUUCAUUAUCUGAGCUGAAUGAGAUGGUUGUGAAUGUUGUUUUGUUUGUUAUAUGUGGUCUUAUUGUUUUUUUAGUGUGGUUUAUUAUGGGUUUGUCAGUAAAGUCUCAUCAGAUUCUCCUACAACGAAUAAUGAAGCUGAAAAGCAGCAGCUCUGACAGCAAUGAGAAAACAGUUGAGUACAUCAAGAAGAAGAUCAGGACCAUUGACUCUCCAGAGAAAUCCAUCAAUCUGUUCCACUGUCUGAAUGAACUGGGUGAUCGUUCACUAGUGGAGGAAAUACAACAGUAUCUGAAAUCUGGAAGAAUAAAGGAAGCUAAACUCUCUUCAUCUCAGUGGUCAGCUUUAGUUUUUGUGUUGUUGACAUCAGAAGAUGAAUUGAAGGAGUUUCGCCUUGAUAAAUUUGUUAAAGGAAAGAAUAAUCCUGAAAAUAUGGAAGUUCUUCAGAAGUUGCUGCCUGUGAUUAAAGAAUCCAGAUCCGUUCAGUUGAGAGAUUGUGGUGUCACAGAUGAAGGUUGUGCUGCUCUGACUUCAGCUCUGAGAUCAAACCCCUCACACCUGAGAGAACUGGAUCUGUCUGAGAAUAAACUAAGAGAUUCAGUGAAGCUGCUUUCUGAAGUACUACAGGAUCCUCGCUGUAAACUGGAGAUACUGUGGUUGAGUAAGUGUGGUGUCACAGAUGAAGAUUGUGCUGCUCUGGCUUCAGCUCUGAGAUCAAACCCCUCACACCUGAGAGAACUGAGUCUGUCUGAGAAUAAACUAAGAGAUUCAGUGAAGCUGCUUUCUGAUGUACUACAGGAUCCUCACUGUAAACUGGAGAAACUGUGGUUGAGAGAUUGUGACGUCACAGAUGAAGGUUGUGCUGCUCUGGCUUCAGCUCUGAGAUCAAACCCCUCACAUCUGAGAGAACUGAAUCUGUCUGUGAAUAAUCUAAGAGAUUCUAGUCGGAAGUUACUCUCUGAUCUGAAGGACGAUCCACAUUAUAAACUGGAGACAUUAUACUAUUGACUCUCAGUAUUUAGACAUCAGUUCAGUUUCGUCAGGAUCAGCUGAUGGUGAAUAGGAGCCGCUGCAGAGACGUCACAGUCACACAAUCAACACAGACUGUGGUGGGGGACACAAAAAAUUAGGGAUGUUCAUUCGGUUCAUUUUCCUGACCGACUCCUAAUGCUCGUUAACUAAUCAUUGACUGUUAAAGCAGCACUAUGUAACUUUUGGCACUCUAGUAGUUAAUAAACAGAACUGCAUGCAUCCCAUGGAAGAAUA